UGCGAUCAGCUGAUUGGCUGGCUCUAACGGAAACAGUCUGCGCCAAGUUGCAUCAAGUGACACCAGCAAUCCCAGCAAUAACACGCGACUGCGAAUGAUUGCAAGUUUAACCAAUUUCGCGAAAGAUGUUGCGUAAAUGCUUUUACGUAGAAUUUAAUCGACAUUAGUGGAAAAUCAAACACCGGGAAGAAGAGGGUAAACGGUGUCAAUCGACUGAGAGCUGCCAAGUUGACGUCGUCAAUCUCUCACUUGACAGUUCACAGGUGUCUAGAAUUCCAGGAGAACAGGUUGCAAUCAGCUGCAAUGGCGAGUUAUAUUCGAGGAGGCUCCUCACGCCAAUCCGACGAAACCAUGGAUGAAGACACGGAUGGGAAGGACGAUACAAAACGAAAGUCGAGAAAUCUCAGCGAAAAGAAACGGAGGGAUCAAUUUAAUAUGUUAGUAAAUGAGCUAGGAAGUAUGGUUAGCACAAACACUAGAAAGAUGGACAAAUCAACGGUGCUUAAAUCAACGAUUUUGUUCCUUAAGAAUCAUAAUGAAAUUGCAUUGAGGUCGGGAGCUCAUGAGAUCCAGGAGGAUUGGAAACCUUCCUUCCUCUCAAAUGAAGAAUUUACUCAUUUAAUUCUGGAGGCUUUGGAUGGUUUUAUAAUGGUAUUCUCUUCGAAUGGUCGAAUUUAUUAUGCCUCUGAAAGCGUUACCUCGCUCUUGGGAUAUCUACCGAGUGAACUAGCUAAUGCAACGAUAUAUGAAAUAGCCUAUCAAGAUGAUCAAUCGUAUCUCUACAACGUUCUUCUAAAUCCUGGAAUUCCUGGGCCUAAAGAUCAAUGUAAUAUUAAAAAAGAGAGUCAAGUGUCUUUCACGUGUCACAUCAAAAGAGGAGAUGACGAUCUGCAGGGGGAACCAAUAUAUGAAUUAGUUCAAUUUAUUGGAUAUUUUCGGACUGACGUCGAUCCUGAGAUGGAUAAUUUAUUCCCCAGCAAUCGAUUCGGAGGAUCUCUGACGUCACAGGAUACUAAUUUGCUAUUUGUAGGAACAGGUCGUCUGCAAACGCCUCAGCUCAUCCAUGAGAUAUCCAUUGUAGAUAACACUAAAUCCGAAUUCACGUCAAGACAUAGUCUCGAGUGGAAAUUCCUAUUUCUCGAUCACAGAGCUCCACCGAUCAUCGGAUACCUUCCCUUUGAGGUUUUAGGUACAUCAGGUUACGAUUAUUACCAUGUCGACGACUUAGACAAGGUUGUAAACUGUCACGAAUCACUUAUGCAAAAGGGUGAGGGCACAUCCUGUCACUACAGAUUCCUGACGAAAGGUCAGCAAUGGAUCUGGCUGCAGACCAGAUUUUAUAUAACCUACAAUCAAUGGAAUUCAAAGCCUGAAUUUAUUGUGUGCACUCAUCGAGUAGUCAGUUACAUCGAGGUGUCGAAGCACACAAGAAAGGCCAACGAGGGGCAAGAGUUUACCGAGGGUCAGGCCAUGGACAAAGUGCCAACAAGUUCCAAACAUCGGUCACAGGUCGCUACUUCGAGUCAAGCCGGUGUACAGCAACCUGUCCACUGGCCAUCGAAGCCGAGAUCUUCGCGAUCCAGUGACACGGGAUCUCGAUAUCACGGAGCUGGUGAAUCGAACGCAACGUCGAUACAAGUUGGUUCGCAGCUGCCGAGGAACUCGCAACAGAUCGGUCAAAACUCAAAAUCGAAGCCAAAUCCUGCAACUGACACCAUGUGCGGAACCAAACCCACGUCCUCAGCACCUCGUCAACCUUCUGAAAUAGACUCUGGAUGUCCAACGUUUCUGGAAACUUCGCAGUACGUUGCAGCGGUUCCCGUGCAACCCGUAGUUACCGCUGCCUUCACCGCCGUGUCGGCAUUACCUUCCUCCGAGCUCCUAAACCAACAAGGCAUUGUCAUGACGCCUGCGCAGAAUCAGAUCCAGGACGAGCUCCAGAGGAAACACGAAGAGCUGCAACAGCUAAUAGUCCACCAGCAGGAGGAGCUCCGCAGGGUCUCGGAGCAGUUGCUCAUCGCCAGAUACGGGAUUCUUUCACCCCUCCUUAACGUCGGCGUGCCGUACAACGCAAAUACCUGCCAGCAGACCAGCCGUUGCGUCACCAACGCGAGCAACGUCAUAACGCACUCGCCAUCGGCUUCUCCGGGUGUCCAGGGUGUCAGCGUACUUCCCAUACCGAUAACUCUCCCAGUUCCGAUCGUACCUACUGAAUUGUUCUCGCAUUCGUUACCGGUGAACGCAAUGCACGCCACCCAGGGAUCGACCCUGAGUCAAGUCGUGCCAAGCCAGCCUCAGAAUCAGCAACAGUCGCAGCAUCAAGCGACCCAGUCGACCCAACAAGAAGGCGCCCCGGAGAUGAUGCUCUUCCAGGUCUGCCCGCAAGCAGAGAUGAUGUACACCACCAUGGAAUCGCCUGCAAACUCCCAGAGAUCCAACGUCCAUACUCGGAAUUGAAAGGGCUUUUGAGCGGUGGUAUAUGGAUGCUCUCUCGCGCGAGCCCUCGCGACUGUUACGGGUUGUAUAUGUCAUUUUAUACACUCCAUGCCAAGACGUUAAUGGCUCGCAUCGAAAACGUCACUACGAACAAUCCAUACCAGUGAAUUCCGGGAAUUUUGGAAUUUAGGGGAAACGGCGAUCGAGGGAAUCGACGCCGGACGUUCAGAUUCGCACACACCGGAAGCAGGGUCUUUUACCGAUUAAGGUUGUUCCAUAUCAUAUAUCAUAUUCGGCCCUGAUGGUGUAUUUUCUACGUGGAUCCGAGGAUUUUUGUACAAGUGCAAUAUUUCAUUUCGACGUCUGCCAAGCCUUCGAUGUUGUGACGUAUCGUUAUCUUGGGUUGAUAUGAACGAUAGGUAGAAUCUCAGUUACCGGUUCAGUAUGAAAGUUGGGGACCCGAUUCUCGACUUUAUACGGACUUUUUUUUUUUAUUCGCAUGAAAAACUUUGCAUUGUUGCAAAGUGGAGUCAUUGGUAAACAUUUUAAAGCCGUAUACGGAACUUUCAAUUUUUUGUAUUGGAAAGUUGAUCGUAUACUGUUGAGAAUUCGGUCCCUGUUGAUAGAAACAAAUGGUUACCAGCCCAUUCGGACGCAAUCGGGCGUACAUAUCAUCUCUGGUACAUAGUUCCUUAACUUACGUCUACUUAAUGUAACUAAGAUGGAAAGAGAGGAUCGAGGCGUGGAACGGUGGGAGAUAAUAUAUUUUAUUUAUGUAAACCAGAGGAUGUGCACAUAAUCGAUGUCGAAGCGAGUUGAUUUAUGAUCGUCGCGUGUAGUCUCAACUUUUUCUCACGUAAUCACGCGUGAUCAAUAACAACUCGCGUCCCACUGUAAAUUGUUUAUUGUGAUUCUAUUAAAAAAAGAAAACAAAGGAAAUAUGGAAAAGGA